AUGGCCAUCAAACUCGCCAUCCGUCUGCACAACCGCUACACAGCCCUCAAGGCCAAGGCCAAGGGACUCCGUGUCAGCAGCAGCACCACCACCAAAAAUGGCGGCCAGAAACAGUGCCUCUGGUGCAGGAUCCUCAGACGCAAAAGCCCCGAGCCCCUCAUGAACAACGCAGACAUCCACGCCUGGAUGUCUUCGGAUGGGACCCUCUUCGAGCCGGGGAUGCAAGUAACCCAAGACUUCAACGGCAACUUGAACCCCGAAGGAAGAUUUUCUUUCCGUGAAGGGGCUAAUAGUCGCCUCUCGGUCAGGUCAAACGCACCACCACCCUCUAGCGUCUACUCGUUCAGAACUUCUUCGUCGCGUUACUCUUCAGAUGAGGCCUGCGUCGAUAGCGACCACGACAAUAUCAACGACGAUGACGACAAUGACUGGACCACGAUCUGCUCCGUCGAUGAGGAGGCCUCCAGAAUCUACUUGUUCAGAACCUCUUCGUCGCAUUACUCUUCAGACGAGGCCUGCGUCGAUAGCAACUGCACCAACACCACCAACGAUGACGACAAUGACUGGACCACGAUCUGCUCCUUCGGCGAGGAAGAGGAGGAAACCUUCUACGACGCCGAAGAUGGUCUCCCAAGGUCAACCAGAGACAUGGUCCCGCUGCCGUCAACCUACUCCCCCUUCGCAUCAGACCUCGACACUCUCCCGUCUGCGUACAACCUAUGGGCGUUCUAG